AUGGAAAAAAUAGAUAUAUUAGUUAAAGUGGUAAUCAUUGGAGAUACAACAGUGGGAAAGACAAACAUUAUGACGCAAUAUUGUGAUACUAAUUUUAAAAUGAACUCUCUUCCUACAAUCGGAGCUGAUUCCAGAGUAAAGAUGAUUUAAAUGAAUGAAAGAGAAACUAUAAAAAUGAUGAUAUGGGAUACGUGUGGUCAAGAGCGUUUCAAAUCCAUUACAAAAAAUACAUUUAAAGGUGCAUAGGGAUUUGUGUUGGUCACUUUUGAACAUGUGGAAGGUUGGCUAGAAUCAAUUAAAGACAACAUUGAUACAAAUACAGUUUCGAUUGUUUUGGUUGGCAAUAAGUCUGAUCUAGAUGAAUUGAGGCAGGUUUCAAGAGAUCAAGGACAGACUUUGGCCAAUAAACAUAAUCUCAACUUUUUUGAAACUUCAGCCAAGUUGGGAAUUAAUUUGAGUGAGGUUUUCAUUUCACUUGCUAGAAAUAUCAGGAAAAUCAUAAACUCAGCAAAUAAAGACACCGAGAUGUUAACUACAGAUAAAACUAAAGCUUAAAAGAAGAAAGGGUGUUGCUGA